ACCGUGGCUUAUCCGGGCUAGGAAAUGUAAAAGGCGCUGGUGGGACGAAGACCGUCGUUCCGCGCCCCCCUCCGCCUUGGCCGCCGCCGUCCGCGUCUCUUUACCGCCGCCCGCGAGAGUUUGGAGCGGUGGCCUCGGUCCGCUGCGGUGACCGCGGUAUGGCAACCUCUCCUGCUACAAGACAUGCCCAUGGAAUGUGACAGCAGCUUGGAUUAAAGCUCUUUCUCCAUUGAAUUCUGUCAGUAGAGACGCAGAGAUGUUCGGCGCGGGCGCCCAGAGCCAAAGCACUCGUGCCGAGUUCCUGGACCGAGCGCGUGUGGCGCGGGAGGAGCGGCGAGGCCAGCGGGAUCGAGAGCGUGCCGCCAUCAAGAUCCAAGCACUAGUGCGCGGCUUCCUGUGUCGCCGAUGCAUUGCCCGCCGCACUCGGCACGAGGUGGAUGAGUUUUUCUCUGCACAAGAAGCCAGUCCUGCAAAAAAGAAUGCUCUCUGUCUGUUUAAAAUUGGGCAGAAGCUACUCUUCAUCUUUAACACAGCAGAAGAUAUCAAGAGGUUUGAAAAGUUCUGCCGGCACUUGCUGAGCAGUAUGGAGGAGGAUAACGACUCCAAGGUGUGGUAUGUAUCCCUGGCACUCUCUAAAGACUACAUGCUACGUUGGAUCAAACAGCUCAAGGACGUCCUUUCGAUCUGCUGUAGUUACUUAAAGAAACUAAAGCCGGAAAGUAUCUUGGAUACAAAACAGAUCACGCUGUUUCUCACGGUCCUCGUGACUUUCACUGAUGCUGGGGGCUGGAGAAUGGUGCGGGUCAAAGGUGACACUUUUAAGAUCAGCAUGAAUCUCAUCUGUGCAAAUGUUAUGGGACAUCUGAACCAGAAAGGACUCUACCCCGACUUACAGAUACUAAUGACCAACGGACUGGCAAGGGUUGUACCAACUUUGAACAAAGCUACACUGACAGCUGUAUUCACAGUUGCACUACGGCCUGUGGUCGCAGCCAAGUUUUCGGAAAACUUGCUAAGAUCAUUCACAUUACACGUGCUGUCCGUUCCGGCGUUAGUGCUGCACCUGUCCAAUAUUGCCCCCGAGUGCUUAAACAUGAUGUCAGGACACGACUUGUUUCGGAAAGUCUUGACAUUCCUGAGGCAGAAGGAUUAUCAAGAGGAUAUCUGCAUUUGCCUUGAAGGCACCAUGUCCCUUUGUCUGCUCGGAAAUUUAAUCAUGCUGGCAUUGUUAAAUGAGAGCUUACUUGAAGAGGAGACAGAGGCAUUUAGUAGCCUGGUGACUUCAGUGCUGACCUACUGCCAGAAAUAUGUUCUGCAGAAGAAGUCCAAUCUCACUCACUGGCACCCUGUACUUGGCUGGUUCGCACAGAGCAUGGAUUAUGGGCUGAACGAGGCCAUGCCCGCUGUGACGAAGCAGCUGCAGUCACUGUGGGGUAUUCGCAUGAUCCGGGUGCUCUUCCGGGACGUGCUCACGCGCAAGCUGGCAGAGGGACAGGAGCCGGCCCUGGCAACCGCCCCACCUACUGCCGCCGUCCCAAAUGACAAGCCCGUGAAAAGCAUGUUCCGAAAGGCGUUCCGGCGCUCUGCAGCCGUCCGCAGCAUCCUGCGACCGGUGGGCGGCAAACGCGUGGAUUCGCCCGAGGUGCAGAGGGUGUGCGGGGUGUGUGUGCUGUACCAGACGGCGCUCACCACACUCACGCAGAUCCGCCUCCAGAUCCUCACCGGUCUCACCUAUCUUGACGAUCUUCUGCCCAAGCUGUGGGCCUUCAUCUGUGAGCUGGGACCUCAAGGUGGCCUCGCUCUCUUUCUGGAGUGCCUGAGCAGCGACACGGAGGACUCGCGCUGCUUGCUCGCUAUGCUCACGCUCUUCUGCGACUGCUCUCGACACCUGAUCACAAUAUUGGAUGACAUUGAGCUGUACGAAGAGCAGGUCUCCUUCAAGCUGGAGGAGCUGGUUACCAUUUCUUCCUUCCUCAAUACCUUUGUUUUCAAGAUGAUCUGGGAUGGCAUUCUAGAGAGUGAGAAGACCGACCGCUCGCAGCUAUUCGCCUCGGUGCACAGCUGGCUCAUGACGCUGUACGAGCGAGACUGCAGGAGGAGGUUUGCGCCUGAGGACCACUGGCUUAAAAAGGACCUGAAGGCAAAUGUCCUGUUCUCUGAGCUCGAGAAGGGAAAGAAGAGAGCCAAACUGCUUCUCCAGCACAUCCCACAUGUUCUUCCACACAAGGAUCGAGUUGUGCUCUUCCGGAGCAUGGUGGCCAAGGAGAAGUCCAGCCUGGUGACAGGCAAUCAGAUCGUGUCCCUAAUGGAUUUGAAUCACGGUGCGCCAAUCACGCACAUCACCGUUCGCCGCUCACGAAUGCUGGAGGAUGGCUACGAACAGCUUAGCCGGUUGCCCCCAAACUCGCUGAAAGGGACUAUCCGGGUGAAGUUCAUUAACGACCUUGGCAUGGAUGAGGCCGGCAUUGAUCAGGACGGUGUUUUUAAAGAAUUCCUGGAGGAGAUAAUCAAGAAGGUGUUUGACCCUGAACUCAACCUCUUCAAGAUCACUAUUGGGGAUGAGCGUCUCUACCCCUCGCCCACAUCCUAUGUCCAUGAGAACCACCUCCAACUCAUGGAGUUUGUCGGCAAAAUGCUGGGAAAGGCCGUCUAUGAGGGCAUUGUAGUGGAUGUACCGUUUGCGCCGUUCUUCCUGAGUCAGGUGCGCGGAGUGCACACAUCCAUGCCCUACAGCUCCAUCGAUGAGCUGCCCUCCCUUGAUGCUGAGUUCUACAAGAACCUCACCUCCAUCAAGAGGUAUGAUGGAGAUGUGAGCGAGUUGGGACUGACGUUUUCGUACGAAGAGGAUAUCAUGGGAAAACUUGUGUGCUAUGAACUUUGCCCUGGUGGAAAGACAACCCUUGUAACAAACGAAAACAAGAUCAGCUACAUCCACAUGUUGGCUCAUCACCGCAUGUACGUGAAGAUCAAGAAGCAGACAGGAGCGUUCAUUCACGGAUUCAAGUCCCUCAUCAGCCCAGAGUGGAUGGGCAUGUUUUCCACACCCGAGAUGCAGCGUCUCAUCGCCGGUGACACGGGCGAGAUCGACUUUGAGGACCUACGGAAACACACAGUCUAUUAUGGGGGCUUCCAUAACAACCACCGUGUGAUCAUAUGGCUGUGGGACAUUCUCACUAAAGAGUUCACAGCCCAGGAGAGAGCAAUGUUUCUCAAGUUUGUGACUAGCUGUUCCAGGCCUCCCUUAUUGGGGUUUGCACAUCUCAAGCCAUCUUUCUCCAUCAGAUGUGUGGAGGUCGCUGAUGACCAGGACACAGGCGACACCCUGGGCAGCGUGCUGCGGGGGUUUUUCACGAUCCGGAAGAAGGAGCCGGCCGGCCGUCUCCCCACUUCCUCCACCUGCUUCAACCUGCUCAAGCUGCCCAACUACAGCAAGAAGAGCGUCCUGCGAGACAAGCUACGCUACGCUGUCAGCAUGAAUACGGGAUUCGAGCUCUCGUGAUGUGUCCGUGCCACGCGGCACCUGCGCGAUGGCCGGCAAAGAAAAAAGCUCGUCAUCGUUGGGAGGGUGAGGGAGGGAGGGAGGGAGGUAAGGGAGGAAGGUGAUACUGCGCACCUCCAUUUACAGCGUAACCUGAGCCAACGGCCGUUAUCCCAGCUGUACGCAAGACCGUAAAGGUAGGUGUCGCUCGCAAGGACGAGUGGCGAGGUGGUCAUGAAUUUUCGGCAAGUAAUGUUUGUAUUUAAGAUACGCUUCUUGCACUUGACGGCCUUCACCUACCUGUAGACCUACCUGUGGUACACUUUAAACACCUCAGAAUCGACGAACGUACACUUUGUCUACAAGUGUAGAGAACAUACACAUCGUCUACAAGCGUAGAGAACAAACCAAUUUUGUUCGAGUCUUCUUGUUUCACAGGCGAUGACGUUCUGUCAUCAUGUCGAGAUCAUCCGUGGGUGGUGCACAAUCCCCCUAAGUAUGCAUAACGUGUUUUGAAACUUGCAACUCAUGGCUGGUUAUGCCACUGUUGGGACGUGAAUGUGGUUUUUGCUGCCUCUUGUCCCCAUCUACAAGAGUUUCCCAACCUUGUGCCCCUUGAACGUCCCAAAAAAUGAGGCCCUGCUCUGACGCCUCACACGUUCCACGAUGUUCUCUGUUUGAAAGGAGCUGGUCUCGGAAACCUCGUUUUAAAGUUGUACACUUGGGUACACUCCACAAUAAACUGCCCUCAUGCCACAGUGUUGGUGCAGGCUGACUUUGUUGAUCACAGUCAACUAAUGAGAAUGUAUCAUUUUUAUGUUGCGUGCACUCGGCAAUAUCAAUUGAAAACCUUAAAUUCUUGUGCAACAACACAGUUGUCAAAUUUAAUAAACUAAUGGGCUAUGAUAUAAUAUAAACGUAACUCGUGUAAAUAGAAGCGAUGCUGACAUUUUUAUUUCUUUGGUUCUGCUGUUUUAUGUACAUGAAUCUGCGUUUCUAUGUUAACUCCCUAUUACGGUGUAGUCUUCCAUGUGUUUACAGAACUACUAUAACUGGCAUGCAGUCUUAAUCGGCAAGUUUUACAUUCUAAAACUAUAUACAAAUUAAUUUACCCUGUGAAUGAAAAAGAUGGGACGAUUUUAUUUGGUUUAAUUUUAAAUUAAAGCACUACACUUAUACCAUACAUUUAUACUGCUGACACAAUCUUCUUUGUGUGUGAGAUAUAUUUCCUCCUUUGUAUCGCUUGGUAUAAGCAAUCAUCCUCAAUUUAGUCCCAAAUGCACUUCUUUAAAAUACCGUGUGCCUUCAAAAAGGUACCUGGCAGGACUCGCCUGUAACAGUCCACUUGGCCUGCCCUGUACACAAUACAAAAACACCUAAAGGUAUUCUCAAUUAUGUAUGUAUUUUGAACUUCUUUCGCACCGUACGUAGCCAACCGUGCUAAUCGAAGGCAGUCACUCGAGUGAACAUUACCCUACUGUAAAGAACACGUUUUUCUGGCUUUCACUUGCAUUUCGUAUUCCUGCCCUGGUCCUAAAAGUAUUGCGUUUUGUCAGAUUAACUCCACGCGUUUACCCUACGUACGUACUUUAUAAAAACAAAAUCGUAGGUGUUCAUGUCGUUUGUCCAGUUUUAAAUUUCUGAUCGUGUGCAGAUCUCGCGGUUAUUGUACAGCUGCGGAAUAUAACUGUAUGAGCACGGGUCAGUUAAGCUGUUAAACCACACUGUUCCCACAGCAAACGAACUAGUGGUCUUGUCUUUUCAGAAUAAAUGUGAAUAAAGUAUUGUAAUUUAA